AUGUCUUCACCACCUCCGUACGAUGAGGUGUCGCAUCUAGCGACCGCAAUCGACGAGGUUUCCACCGCCUGCAGCAACGCCACGCCCACCGCUGCCGCGUCGGACGCGGGGGUGCCGCCUUCCUGCCGAAGCGGGUGGUCGAGGGUCCUGCAGGCGGCGUUGUUUCUCUUCACUUUACUGGCAUUUGUCAUGUGUGUGUUCGGGAUGAGCGGCACGAGUUACCUUAUUAUGCAGACAAACUGCUGGGACGAGGUCUUUGUGGUGACCGGGGCGUCCUGCCUCUUCUACGCCGUGACCGCCGUCUACCAAACGACGCCUCGCAUGCCAUGCUUGGAACACGUGCUUGGGGCCAAACUCUGCGUCUACGCGCUGCAUUUGUUGUUGUGGUUGACGUACUUAGCGCAGCAAGCCGUCUUGUUGGCGUACCUUGUGAUGUACGUCGGCCCCUUGUGCUGGUUGUUCCUCAUCCCGGACGUGGCUGUCGCUGGGAUGCUGGCUGCGACGAUGACGCUGACCGCGUCACCCGUGCAGCUGGUACAACAUUGGCCGGCGCUUUACGUCUUUGUCCAGGCAGGGAAACUGGGGGUGUUGUGGUCCGUGCUGGGCGGGGCGAUAGUGUCGGCGACGCACAUGGGGGCCGAUGGCCUGCUGGGAUCGCUGAUGCUUACGAUACUCUUGGUGCAGUUCCCGGUGCUGCUUUCCCGGCUGCGUGUGGGGAUGUCCUUGACGAGGGCGUACACCACAAACAUGGCGGCGGUCUUUGCCCACGUGCUGCACUUCAUGGACGUGCUGCAGCUCUACUUCACUGGAACGGAGAUGCGGCAGUUUCCGGUCAACGUCAGCCGGCUCGUGUUAUUCCUUGCCAUCAUGGGGCACAUCACAAGCAACAUGUACUACACCGCGCUAUUCUUGAAGGAUGAGGAAACCGCACGGUUCCUGCGCCGCUUCGAGGCGCGAGCCAGAGACGGCACUGACCUGAUCGCUUGCGCGGAGCGGGCCAGAGACGACGAGCUGUUGCACUACUUCCUCUGGACCUUUUUUUUUAUUGAUCUCCCGUACGCCGUGGUGCGGUUGGUGUCACUUGUCGUCCACGGCACAGAGGUGUCGGUAUUUCUGGGGAAAAAUUUCAUGAUGAUGGUGGGUGUCGUCAUGCUCUUGAUGCGUGGCCGCGCGCCGUAG